AGCGGUUCUCAUCCCCGCCUAUCUGUCGGCACAUGCGAAAAUGAUAAUGACAAUAACCUCUUCAUAAUUUCUAAUCGGUGUUUACCACAUUAUUAAUAAUAAAGAGUGAGUUCGAGGAUUUUCAGAGGUUCGAGGGAUUGUCAUGGCAUCUCUUCUGAAAUUUGUACAAUUCCUGAAGCCUGACAUCGUGAAUAAGAUUUCAGUCAGAUGCUUUUCUCGAGGAAGUACUUUGUGGAGUAGUGAAGGGGAUGAGGUGAAUGAGGGUAACGAGGUUCAGGAGGCUGCUGCCAAUAAAGCAGACAAUAUUCAUCCUUCCAAGGAUCGCAGGAAGCAGAUGCCUGUGGAGACCAGUAUUCGUUAUUUAGCUAGUGAAGCAUAUAAAGAGACAUACGGUGAAGCUCCCGUUUGGAAGCCCUACAGGAGGAACUUCAAGGGAGGAAUACCCCCUCAAAAGACCAGGAAGACUUGCGUGAGACAAGGAAUAAUCACAACGGGAAAUCCUUGCCCCAUCUGCCGAGACGAGUACCUAGUCUUUGAUCAUAGAAACACAGCCUUGUUGCACCAGUUUAUAUCUGAAUUCAAUGGAGAAGUAAUUUCCUACAAAAAGACCGGAAUUUGCCAGAAGCAGCAUAAAAACCUGCUAAUAGCUAUCCACCGAGCCAAGGACUACGGAACAAUAACAUACGACCUCCCAAUGAGGACGUACGACUACUCAGACUGGUACAAGCCCGAGAGUCCUCCCAAAUCCCCCUAA